AUUGCUGAAAUAUUCAGAAACGCGUCUCCUUUUUCUCGUAGUGGAUGGAGAUGGAGAAGAUAUGUAAAUAAAAUCUCAAAUCUCUCAUACCCCCUUUUUAAUAAUUUCUCAUAUUGUUUUCUCUCUCACACAAUUCGUUUCCCAGAAUCUCACGAACCCUAAAAAGCUUUCUCAUUCUUCUUCAACGCAUUGAGAUCAGAUUCCAAAAUUGAUCUUUCAUCCAAUGUGUCCGUUGAGGUUCUUAUUGGUGUUCUUCUCAGCUGUACUCGCCGGCUAUUUCGCAUGGAAGACGGUUAGUUCUACGCUGGAGCUCAUCUCUGACGACUCGCCUGUCGAAUUGAAUGAGAAAGAAGGACUCGGUUUCAAAAAGAAGAUGGAGAAUGGGUUUUGGGUGUUCGUCGAUAUGGCUAGCGGAAGAUACCUUUGGAGGAAUCUUAAGGAGAUGAAAGAGAGUACUCAAUGAAGACGAUGAUGAUCAAUGAAUACACUAAAGAUCUCAUCUUUUUGGGUCUCUCUUCUUUGUGCAGAAGACGAGUUUAAUAAUGAAUCCUUCACAUGAAUUUUGUAACUUUGAUUGAUUAAUUGAUUUGUAAUCUUGGAAAACAAUGAAAAUGGAGUCUUUUGUAACUUUUUCAA